UCUCCAGCUGGUCAUCAUGGACUUCAUAGAGCCCAUCCUGUCCGUUGCCUCAGAGAUCUACGCCCUGGUUGAGAAGGUGAAAGCCAAUAGGAAGCGCUGCCACCGUGUUUCUGACCGAGUCAAAGCCCUGGAGGAGCUGGUGAGGUCCAUCAGACAAAGGGAGAUGUUCCAAUCCUCUGACGAAUUAGAAAAAUCCCUCAAAGAACUCUCCAUCACUCUGAAGUCAGCAGAGCAACUCAUCAAGAAGUACACCUUGGCCAACUGGGUGGAGCGCAUCCUGAACUCCAGCAGCCAUGAAGACGAGUUCAAAAGUAUGAAUGAACGCCUCAGUGAUGCCUUCCAGGUGCUGUCUGGAGCUCUGCAGGUGGAGCAGGGGAACAUGCUGUCCUGGACCAAGAAAGCUUGUAUGUGUCUGGAUGCAGCACAAGGACUCUACAGGUCAAGUCAAGGUACUGAAGUCAGUGCUUGCUGGGAUUGCUUCCAGCCCAUUGAAUGUUGGUAUUUAGGGGUAGGGAGGACAAUAAACAAAGUGUUGAUGUUUUUUUCUCAGCUGGGAGGUUUGGAGCUGGUGGAAACGGAGAUGUCACUGAAAAAGUCAACAAACCACAAAGAGACCAGGUCCCUGUGCUACUCCUCUCCUCAGAUGCUCAGUGAUAUCAGCCACUACAGCAAAGAGUGUGAAAUGUACAGCUUUGGUAUCGUCAUGUGGGAAGUUGCAACACGUAAGAGACCUUUUGAAGGUUGCUCAGGUGAGGAAAUCUAUAAGAAAGUGUACGAAGAGAGGUAUCAAGAACCACUUCCUGAUGACUGUCCUGAACCACUGGGACAUCUGAUCAACGCCUGCCGGGCCUAUGACAACUUCCAGAGACCAUCUGCUGGAGUGCUGGUGGACAAACUGCGCACCUUGGUGGCACAGUUAGAGGAGCGGUAAACUCUUGAAAGCUCUUCAACCUCUGCCUCUUUGUCAUCAGUACUCAGGGUGUAUGAAGGUUGAGAUGUGUACAAGCAGCGCAGUAACUUAAAUGUUUUAAAUUAACGUAUAUUAACCUGUAUGGGAGGAACUGCUGACUCAAGUCAUUUUAUCGCAGCUUGGAGAACCCAUAGAUAAAAAUGCUUUAUCUACAGUGCAACAUUUGUCAACCUCAGGCCAAUAGGCAUCCACUAGUCUGUGUAUCCUCUCUUCAUAAAUGAGUGAUAUAUACACUGAGGAGCCAUAACAAUAUGACCACCCACCUAGGUUCCCCUUAUGCCACCAAAACAGCCCUGACCCAUUGAGGCAUGGACUCCACUAGACCUCUGAAGUUAUGUUGUAAUAUUUGGCACCAAGCCGUCAGUAGCAUAUUCUUUAAGUCCAGCACAUCCCACAGAUGCUCAGUUGGAUUGAGAUCUGGAGAAUUUUAGGCCAAGUCAACACCUCAAAACUGUUGUGUUCCUUAAACCAUUCUUGAACCAUUUUUGCAGAGCGGCAGGGAGCAUCAUCCUUCUGCCAUCUGGGAAUACUAUUUACUAUUUCCAUGAAGGGGCUGGACUCGGUCAGCAGCAAGUUUUUGUAGGUUGUACGUGUCAAAGUAACAUUCACGUGAAUGGUAGAACCCAUGGUUUCCCAGCAGGAUGUUUCCCAAAACAACAGCAUCCGCUGGCUCACUCUUCUUCCCGUAGUGCAUCCUGGUGCCAUCGUCCCUCUUCUUUGUCAAGCUGUGGCAUCAAAAUAAAAACACAGAAAGUAUUCUGUUUGUCCAUUCUGGGCUACUGUAGAAACAUGGCGGCACAACAUGGCAGACUGUGGAAGAGGACCAGCAGGUCAUGCAUGCAUUAUUUUUUUGUUAAUUCAACUAGACAACCAUUUGCCAGCUAUUUCUAUUAUUUUGUCAAUCCCAUUCGUAUCAAUGAGGGUAGGCUAAAUAACAGAAACACCCUUUUGUAUAAUGUAAUAUAGUUCAUCAACAUCACAAACUACAUCCUCCAAAAUGAUCUCGCAGCUUCAGCAACACCUCUAAAACAGCACCAAUAAAAA